GCGAAGAAGGACUUUGUGGACAGAAUGGCUGAGAUUUCGGCAGAGCUGGCAUUGCUUCGGCAGCAAAUGGAGAGUUUAGAGCAGCGUGAUUUGGGAGCUGAGCUGCCUUCAAAGCAGGUAUCUGCCACCUCACAGAAUCUGCCUCAAAGAGCCAGAGAGCCCCAGGAGAUGACAGAGAAUGGGGAUAUGAAAGAUUUGUUCACCCAGGCCCUUCAUCCUGAUGAAACGCUGCUAAGUCGCUACGCUGCUAUGAUCUACACAACCACAGACAAUGGCAAGGUCUAUGAAGAGUUAGCCGGGGCCAGUAUGUGCUUCAGCUGCGGAGAAAGGACUCUUCUUUGCCCACAUAAGAUUUCGGGCACCAGAGUGGUCAGCGUCCCCAAACACUGUACUCAUAUAAAAAUCUGCAGACCCCAUUUACACAGGAUCGCCAUGGCGGCCAAACUGGCAGCGAACACAACAACUAAUAAAGCAGAGACAAUAUGUGAGAGGUCCACGUCUUCCUGCGCAAUCUCUCCUGUGACGGUUAUUCCUAAGAGACGCCAAGCUGAGCUCACCCAGAAAGCCCUGGGAGAACAGCCCAACCAAUCAGGGUCAUCAAGCAGGUGGCAGCGAAGCUGGGUUACUGAAGCGGACUUCUCAAAGCUGGAGAAACAUUUUGGGAAUCGUUUGAAGCUAACAAGAGAAGCCACUCCGCGGACAAUCUCUUUGGACCAUUGUCUGAAGAUUGCUGAGCAGCUCAUGGUAACGGUUUUUCACCAGCAGGACGGCCGGUUAGACCACAUUCUGUCCGUCCAGGAGUUGCUCUGGGAUCUCCAUAUAAAGCGUUACAUCGAGGAAGAGAUCAGCACCCUGGGAUUGCAGGACUUCCUGGAAGCAUUGAGGAAAUUUUCUGCAGACAGUAAGGUUCUGUGUGUACUGGGACAGGUAUUACUCGGAGAACUGGACACAGCCACCUUGCUCUAUAUUCUCCUCCAAGCAGAGAUACUGAAUGUGUUUCCGGUCACAGAAACGGCCCAAUUUCACUGCUUUAUGGACCAAACCUACCCCUUCCUACAGGAGGCCGAGCAAGACAGUCUGGUUCUAGAGUUCACAGCCUACAGCGAGAGAGUGGUGUCACCCGACCGUGUCCUUGGGUUUAUUUUGCAACUGAUUUUGCAGCGCAGGGAACCUUUUAUCGUGGAAUGUGAAGACAUGUUAUCUUUUUACAUGAAGACUUGGUCUGGUAUCCUAACCAAUGAUGAACUUUCUGAAGCUCUUGAUGAACUCGCUCCUCUGACGAGCAAGACACAAAAACACAGUUUGAUCCAGCAGUCCCUGCUGUCCCUGUGCAGCAAAGUUAUCCCCAUCCAUAGUGCAGCACAAAUUGCAGCUUAUGUAAUGGGGAGAGAAAAUGUCCAAAAGAAAAGGUUUCUGUCCGAGAAGAAUAAAGAACACACAGAAAUCAGACUAAAGAGUGGAGCGGAAUCCCCGGAGGAUGCCCUCGACCUGAGAUCCCUUUCCAAUGUACUAAAGUUUGCACAGAUCGGGCAGUCACCUUGCCAUACUUCUGGAAAAGAUAGGCCACAAUAAUAUAUGACAGUAACAGUGUGUACAGAAGGGCAGUUAUGGUCAUUCCUCGUUGCUGAAUUUACAGACAUUAGCUGUUAAUCUACAUGGCUGAACUAAGGAACCCUCAGCUCCUGUCAAUCAACUCAGCAUUAGACAUGAAUCUCAACGUGGAAAAGAAAAAUACACUUGUUUUAAGUGGAUUCUGUGGAAUUAUACGGACAGAAGUCAAAUGGAAAACAGAAACUUAGUCUGAUUAAAUAGUUUAAAGCUGGAGCUAAGCCCAUUUUUA